AUGUUCAACCUCCAGAAGGCCGGCGUGGCCACGCUGCUGCUUCUACACGGGGCUCGUGCCGACGUCUGCAGCACCCUUUUGAGCUCGUCCCCUGAGAUCCAGAUCGCCAAACCUUAUAGUGUGAAAUGGUCCGGAGAGCAGCUCGAAUAUUGGAGCACCGGAUGCGGCAAACUCCACCCUUCCUGCAUCCUAUACCCAAAGAACGCGCAGGAGGUCGCUGCCAUCGUUGAGGCCCUGCGAGAGACGAACGAGUCGUUUGCGAUCAAGUCUGGUGGCCACAACCCGAACCUCUACUUUGCCAGCAUAGACGGUGGGCCGCUCAUCUCGACUGCGAACCUGAAUCAGGUCGAGCUUGACGUCGCCACUGAGACGGCCAAGCUGGGUCCGGGCAACCGUUGGGACGAGGUCGCCGACAAACUGGACGGCUCUGGCUACUCCGUUGUUGGUGGCCGCUUGGGCAACGUUGGAGUCGGGGGAUACAUGCUAGGGGGCGGCCUCAGCUUCAUGUCAACCGAAUAUGGCUGGGCGGCCAACUCGGUCGAGUCGUUCGAGCUCGUGCUGGCAAAUGCCACCAUCAUCAACGUGACGCGGGACAGCCACCCGUCCCUCUUCAAAUCCCUCAAGGGCGGCGGCAACACGUACGGCAUAGUGACGAGCUUCACCGUCAAGGCCUACAAGCAAGGCACCGUCUGGGGCGGCAACUACUUCUUCAACGCGACGCCAGCCACCGACGCGGCGCUGCUCGAGGCCGUCGCCGACUUUGCCAUGCACUACCCGGACCCGAAAGCCGCCAUCAUCCUGACGGCCGAGCGCACGGGGCUCGGCGUCGUCGACCUCUGGAUCAUGUUUUUGUACUACAACGGCGAGCGGCCGCCGGCGGGCGUGUUCGACCGCUUCCAGUCCAUCAAGCCCUGGAUGGACACGACCAAGACGCGCACCUACGCGGACCUGGUCAGCUUCAACAACUGGGCCGUGCUCAAGGGCAGCCUCUACACCAUCGGCACCGAGACGAUCCCCAUGCCGUCGCCGGCGGGACGAAACUCGUCCGCCGUCGCCGCCUCGACCCUGCAGGACGUGCACAGGAACUGGCGCGACGUCAGCACGCUCGCGCUGCUCAAGGUCGGCGGCCUCGUCGCCAGCACCGCGUACCAGCCGGUCCCGAGGUCCAUGGCGGCCGUGGCGAGGGCCAAGGGCGGCGACCUGCUGGACCUCGACGAGGACACGGACCUGAUGGUCAUGGAGUACAACUACAGCUGGCUGCUCGAGGGUCGGGAGCGCGACGUCGUGGACCGCGCGAUGCAGGACACGUACAACGGCGUCAGGGAGCGCGUGGUCGCGGGCCAGGCGGCCGGGGAGCUGCCGGCGGAUGCCCACCUGCCGCUGUUUGCCAACGAUGCCUACUUUCGCCAGGAUUACUUUGGCAGGCUCAGGCCGGAGACCAGGGAGAUGGCUGCCGCGGCGAGGGAGGCUGUUGACCCCGAGAGGUUCUUUGCCGGCAAGACGGAGGGCUUCAAGAUUUGA